GCGAAGUUGUGAUUUGGAACAUUCUCGAUCAGUCUUUCUUCAGAUAUAUAACAUAUAAUAAUGGCGUAAAUAAGAAAUAAGUAUGACUACUAAAGAUUAUUUAUGUAAGUGUAUUUCGAUAUAUGGCGUGCCCGAAGAAGUAGGGGUGGAUAUUCUGCGACAGGAAAUCAAAAAUCAAUACCAUGUCAAUGCUGUUCGCAUUGAAGAGAUUACCUGUGCGGAGGCCGACAACACACGCAAACGAUGGAUUCUGGAACUGGAGGGAGAACAAUAUGCCAAGCAACUGAAAGGUACUGAUCUAAAGCUGGAGUUUGAUGAAGAAUGUGUCAUCGUCAAAUGCAAGGAACCAUCUGAAUUUGAGUUGCCGCAAGUUUGGAUCAGCCAAUCGGAUCUGGAUGUCGCCAAACCCACGCAGAGUCUUGUUUCAACGAGUGUGGAAAUGUCUGGUAAGUGUCCCGCUAUAGGAGGUCAAAACGCACCAUUGAUGCAUGUUCAGUUUCCUGCCACGACUGCGUCCCCAUGUGAUGAGACUCGCAUUAUAAAUCAGAUUGGACAAUAUGAAGACAGAAUUGUAGGCUCCGUAAAAGGUGAUUAUCAACCUAUGGGAACCAUGUUUCAAGAGCAAAAUACGAUGAGCCAAGCACAAGUUGGUCACGGAUUUGGAUAUAUGGAACAAGGGCUUAGUCCGAUGGGUCAAGGGGUUUUAAGCUUGAAUCAGGCUCAAUGGUAUGGUCCGAUGCGUCAAGCUGUAAGAAAUAUGGAACAACGAUAUGGACAGAUUGGACCGUAUGGCCAAUUACAGACACAACAACAUACGAUUACACGUGAUCCGAUAUCUGGACAAUAUCUCAUGCAUAAUGUUUAUCCUGGCAUGGCUGUUCCAGUAGCUGAGAAGUACAUGACACAAAUGCUACAGCCACAACCACCACAACAACGGAAUAUUGAACAAGGGCAUUUACACACAACACAAACAAGAAAUGCUGGUGAACACAUUACAAUAGAAGCUGCAUUUGAUGAUUCACCCACAAAAAUUUUAGUGCAAGACAUCCCAGCUGGGUUGGAUAAAGACAGUCUAGAGAUAAUUUUCGCUUCUAAGAAUCUUGGGUCAUGUAAAAUUGAAGAGAUUGACUUUGAUGAAGUUGAAAUGAAUGCUGUCAUACGUUUUAGCAGUCCAGAUGAUGUGAGGACUGUGCUGAAUAGUCGUCCAAUUGAAAUAAAAAAGAAGGAGGUAUCAGUAGAAAUGUACGUUCCUACGAAGCAGUGUGAGAUAACUGUUCGUGGACCAACGGAUAUCAUGGAGGCGGAAAAUGACGAUAUAUUUAAAUCUUAUUUUGAAAAUGAAAAAAAAUCAGGUGGAGGUGACGUAACAGAAAUAAAAUUCCGGUCAACAGACAAUGUAUUUGUCGUAACGUUUGAAGACGACAUAGUGGCAAAAAGAGUUGUGGAAAGAGGUGGUCAUCGCAUAUUGAGUAAAGACGUUAAUGUGGAGCUUUUAAAGCAUAGUCGAUCUACGAAAUCGACGGAUUCAAAAGACAGUAAAAGUGCAAUAAAGAAUGCGGAAACAGGCUUCCAACAAUCGUCCUACGGUACACAAACGGAGAUUUUGGUGGAAGAUAUCCCACCUGGUGUGGAUGAUGACUCUCUAUGGCGCGUUUUUACUUCUCGAAAACUGAAAUCAUGUACAAUCGAGGAGAUAGACUUUGACGAAGUGGAAAUGAACGCUGUUAUACGGUUCGAAAGUCCAGAUGAUUUGAAGACUGUGCUGAAAAAUCGUCCAAUAACAAUAAAACAGAAGGAGGUGUCUGUAGAAAUAUACGUUCCUAAGAAGCAGUGUGCGAUAAUUGUUCGAGGACCAGCGGAUAUCAUGAAAGCGGAAAAUGAAGAUAGAUUUGAAGCAUAUUUUGAAAAUGAAAAGAGAUCAAGUGGAGGUGAAAUUGCAAAAAUAGAAUUCAGGUCCAAAGACAAUGUUUUUAUCGUAACGUUUCAAGACGAAAUAGUGGCGCAAAGAGUUGUGAAAAGAGGUAGCCAUCGCAUUUUGAAUAAAGACGUAAAUGUGGACCUGUUUAAACCCAGUCGAUCAACAAAAUCAACUGCUUCAAAAGACAGUAGAAGUACACAAGAGGGCGCGGUAAGAGAAGUCCGAAAAUCGCUUAUAGUUGACGGUACACAGACUGAGAUUUUGGUGGAAGACAUUCCACCUGGUGUGGACAAGGAACAACUAGAGGACGUGUUUUCUUCUCGGAAACUGAAAUCCUGCAUCGUAGAAGAGAUAGACCUUGAUAAAGUUGAAAUGAACGCUGUCAUACGGUUUAAAAGUUCUGAGGAUGUGAAGACUGUGAUGAAUAAUCUUCCAAUAAAAGUAAAACAGAAGGAAUUGGCUGUACAAAUAUACAUUCCUAAGAAACAGUGUGUGAUAAUUGUGCGUGGGCCAUUGGAUAUCAUGAAAGAGGAAAAUGAAGAUAGAUUUGAAGCAUAUUUUGAAAAUGAAAAGAAAUCAGAUGGAGGUGACAUUGCAGAAAUAGUAUUCCGGUCAACAGACAAUGUUUUCGUCGUUACAUUUCAAGACGACAUUGUGGCAGAAAGGGUUGUGAAAAGAGGUGGUCAUCGCAUUUUGAGUAAACACGUAUAUGUGGAGCUUUUAAAACCCAGUCGAUCAACAAAAUCAACGGCUUCAAAAGAAUGUAUAAGUACAAAAGAUGGUAAAGAAAUAGACGUCAAACAAUCGCAUAUAUUUGACGGUACACAGACCGAGAUUUUGGUGGAAGACAUUCCACCCGGUGUGGACGAGGUCACACUGGAGAGGAGUUUCACCUCUAGGAAACUGAAAUCAUGUAUAGUAGAGGAUAUCGACUUUGAUGCAGUUGAAAUGAACGCUGUUAUACGGUUUGAAAAACCUGAAGUCGCUCAAAGAGUUGUGGAGAGAGGUGGCCAUCGCCUCUGUGGCAAGGACAUUGACGUGCAGCUUUCAAUUCCGAGCCGUUCAACAAAGACAACUGUAUGUGAAAAUAGAAACACCAUUAAGGGAAGUCACUGCGCAGAUAGGAAUACUGAUGAGCCCAAACCAGUCACAUCAAUUCAAGUACGUGGCGUCAACAAAUUGUCAAACAGAGAGUCAGUACAGUGGUAUUUCGAGAACAAGAACAAGUCUGGCGGUGGUGACAUAGAACAGCGGUCCACGGAUGAUGAGGAUGACGAUGUUAUUUACAUUUUGUAUAAAGAUGAGUCAGUUGCUAAGGAUGUCGCUGGAAGAGUACACACCAUUGAAGGGCAGAAGCUGGAAGUGACAUUGUACACUCCACCGGUUCCUCCACCUAAUUACCCAAACAAGCUGCUGAUCAAAGGACUUAGCGCCAAAACUUCAUUUAGUGUUCUAGACCUAUAUAUAGAGAGCAAAACAAAACGUUCCCUUGUGAAAGACUUACUGACUUACCAUAUUGAUCAUGAUGAUACGGUUCUUGUAACAGUGAAUGGAGAAAUAGAUAUACAGACAGUGCAAGAGGCAUGCAAAACCGCCCCACUAGAAGGUUCUUUCUUAAAGAUUCUUCAAGUUCCCAUGUCCAAGAUUGUGCUUGUAUCCAACAUUAGCGAGGCUGUUACAGAAGAUAUGUUAUCUUUAUAUUUUGAAAGUGUACAAAGUAGCAAUGGAGGUCUAGUCGAAAAAGUUGCGAUGUUUGCCAAACAGAACUACUGCCUUGUACAUUUCGUUGACUACAAAAGUGUGGAUAAUGUUCUGUCAAAAGAGCAGAAGCUUGAUGGAAGACUGCUCGAAGUUAAGAGAUACUUCCAAUGCAUAGGGCGGGCAGAAGGGGACACGGUUGAUCGGAGAUUGGAAAAAAUACAGAUUACUAACUUGACUGUUAUUGAAAUAAAAAUGCUUAUAGCAGACAAAUUUGACCGUGACAUGGAAGUAAAAUAUACUGGUGCAAAAGUGACAAUUAAUCAAGAAAACCACGAAAUAGAAAUAGAAGGAGUUGAUUCAGUGGUGAAAAACAUUCAAGCGGAAAUGAACCAAAGAAAAUAUACUUACAAGAAAAUACAAACAACAAGUCCGGUUAAAUUAGAACAAAUAUAUAGGAGCAAGAUUGUGGACGAAUACAUUGAACAUAAACUUGAACAGGCCGAUGUUAUUGCGGUUUGGGAAGCAGAACAUGGCAAGUUGCACGUUAUUAGCAAAAGUGGUGAGAUGGUCGAUAAAGCAGUUACUAUUGUUCAAACGUCUGUGAAAAUAGGCCCCCCAGUAAAAUUAACAACUGAACAUAAAUCAUUGAUUGAGACGAUUCAAUGGAAACAAUUUCUAUCAAAAUUAAGCACAGAGCACAAAGGUGGUUCGUCAAUUGCGUCUGAGUGCGAGCAGUAUAUUAAGGAACAUAAAACACUAGGCGAAGGAGACGUGUUUGUGUCAAAAGGAGAUACUGUGCAUACGCCUGGAAUGAGGUUUGCGAUGGACAGGACGGGAAGCGCUGACAUCGGAACACAACGACUUAACAUUAAAACAACUAAGGGUAUUGGGAUCGUUCUGAGACUGGGUCUACUGCACCGGGAAGUUAUAACGGUCGCUGCAAUAUUCUGUCCACCUGUUCAGGACUACGACACUCUUGGUCAGGCGGGCUCGCUGGUGUUGAGCCUGCAGGAUACUGAGAUGCAACGACUGAUAACGCUGUUGACUACCUCUUCGUAA